GACAUGGUGCUGCUCAGUCCAACGGUCAGGGCGUUGAGAAAACUACUAAGCGUAUGCGAAGAAUACGUAAGUAAACAUGGCUUACUGUAUAACGCUAAGAAAAGCGAAUUUAUGGUAUUUAAGGCCGUCGAGGGUAAGCUACCGGAAAGUGUACCUGCCAUAAAACUUAAUAAUAAUAACCUUAAGCGCGUGUAUACAUUUAAGUAUCUUGGACACUAUAUCACCGACGACCUUAAAGACCAAUUAGAUAUAAAAAGGGAGCGCAGGGCACUGGCAGUCCGAUGCAACAUGCUAAUAAGGAGGUUUGCACGGUGUAGCCAACAGGUAAAAAUAACGUUAUUUAAAGCCUAUUGCCAGGUUUUCUACACAUGCAGCCUCUGGAUUAGUUAUGCGCAGAAGACUAUCAGUUCCCUGCGCGUCCAAUAUAAUAAUGGUUUCAGGAUGUUGUUGGGGCUGUCCCGUUUCUGCAGCGCAUCGGGCAUGUUUGCACAAGCUCGCACGGAUGACUAUUAUGCCAUAAUACGCAAGAGAACUGCCUCGUUGCUCUGCAGAGUGCGGGCCAGCUCCAACCCCAUCCUGGCCACUGUAGCGGGCCGAUACGACUCACCUAUAAUGCGGCAUUUUGAGCGUGUUUUAACCGCUACUAGGUGAAUAUUAUUGUU